AUGGCGUCAGCACUUCGUCUUGGUUCAUCGGCCUUAAGGUCUUCUCUCACAGCUCCAGCAUUCAAUGCUAGAACCGCAGCCUUCAAUGGCCUGCGAUGCUAUUCUUCAAGUAAAACUCAGACACUGAAAGAACGAUUCGCCGAGCAACUACCAGAAAAGAUUGAGCAGAUCAAGAAGCUUCGCAAGGACUAUGGCUCUAAGGUCAUCGGUGAGGUCACUCUCGACCAAGUCUACGGUGGUGCUCGUGGGAUCAAGUCGCUAGUCUGGGAAGGUUCAGUUCUCGACUCUGAGGAGGGUAUCCGUUUCCGAGGGAAGACAAUUCCAGAAUGCCAGGAGCUUCUGCCAAAGGCCCCAGGUGGACAAGAGCCCCUACCCGAAGGUCUCUUCUGGCUGCUGUUGACCGGUGAGGUGCCCAGCGAGCAACAAGUCCGCGAUCUCUCUGCCGACUGGGCUGCCCGCUCAGAUAUCCCCAAAUUCGUCGAGGAGCUCAUCGACCGAUGCCCCAGUGAUCUCCACCCAAUGGCACAGUUCUCUAUCGCAGUCAACGCUCUCGAGCACGAAUCUGCUUUCGCCAAGGCAUACGCUAAGGGAAUGAAGAAGACUGAGUACUGGGGCCACACUUACGAGGAUGCUAUGGACUUGAUUGCCAAGCUUCCAACAAUUGCCGCCAGAAUCUACCAAAACGUCUUCAAGGGAGGCAAGGUUGCUCCAGUCCAGAAGGACAAGGAUUACUCCUUCAACUUUGCCAACCAACUCGGAUUCGGCAACAACAACGACUUCAUUGAGUUGAUGAGACUGUACCUUACCAUCCACACCGACCACGAGGGUGGUAACGUUAGCGCACACACCACCCACCUGGUUGGAAGUGCUCUCAGCUCUCCUAUGCUUUCUCUCGCCGCCGGCCUCAACGGUCUUGCUGGUCCUCUUCACGGUCUCGCCAACCAGGAGGUCUUGAACUGGCUCACCAAGAUGAAGGCCUCCAUUGGAGAUGAUCUCAGCGAUGAGGCCAUCAAGAACUACCUCUGGACCACCCUCAAGGCUGGCCAGGUUGUUCCAGGUUACGGACACGCAGUUCUCCGAAAGACUGACCCCCGAUACAUGGCUCAGAGAGAAUUUGCCGAAAAGCAUCUCCCAGAUGACCCAAUGUACAAGCUUGUUAGCCAAGUGUACAAGAUCGCCCCAGGUGUUCUGACCGAGCACGGCAAGACCAAGAACCCAUACCCCAACGUUGAUGCUCACUCUGGUGUCCUUCUUCAAUACUACGGCUUGACUGAAGCCAACUACUACACUGUCCUCUUCGGUGUUUCCCGAGCCAUCGGUGUCAUGCCUCAACUUAUCAUUGACCGUGCAGUUGGAGCUCCUAUCGAGCGACCCAAGUCCUUCUCAACAGAGAAGUGGGCCGAGAUUGUCGGAGCUAAGCUGUAAAAUACCAAGAAUGAUAUGAAGUCGGGGUGGGAUGGGUGCCGGAAUGCAGAUUGUAAGUUAGGUUAGACCGGCUCUGGAGCGACGUUUGCGCUGUUACCUGUACUUUACUCGAGCGUUCUGGUGCUCUCUCGCAAUCACUCCUGCGUAUAGAAUGAAAUUCGUGACCAAAAUCUACAUUAUAGACUAGGUACUUCUUAUAUGUG